AUGGCCGCGGUCGUGACCGGAGCGAUGGGCACCCUCCUGCCCAAGCUCGCCAACCUGAUCACCAAGGAGUACAACCUUCACAAGGGUGUCAAAGGCGAGAUCAUGUUCCUCAAAGCUGAGAUGGAGCAUAUGGAGGCGGCUCUGGUUGAGAUCUCUGAGGCGCCAAUUGACCAGCCGCCUGACAAGCAGAUCAAGCUUUGGGCCAAGGAUGUGAGGGACCUAUCAUACGACCUCGAAGAUAACAUUGACAAGUUCAUGGUGCACAUCGAAACCCAUGGACAGCCAGAGAGGUCACACAGCUUCAGGGGUUUCAUUGAUAAGUGCCUCAGCCUGCUGACCAAGGGCAAGAUUCGGCACAAGAUCGGCAUCGAUAUCGAAGACAUCAAGAGACACAUCGAGGAGAUCAGUGAGCGGCGUAAAAGGUACCAGAUUGACGGUAAGGCUCCUGCCAAGCCACCUGGUCCAACUGUUGACACCCUUCGCCUGUCAACCUUGUAUAAAAAGGCGACGGAGCUCGUUGGCAUUGACGAGAAGAGCCUUGAGGUAGUCGAGAUGUUGACAGAGGGAGACGACGUUUCCAAGAAACAGCUCAAGGUGGUCUCUAUUGUUGGAUUUGGUGGAUUAGGCAAGACAACCCUUGCCAAUGCAGUGUAUAAGAAGAUGAAAGGACAAGUCAAUAUUCAAACACAAAAACCGCAAUUUGAUUGUGCGGCUUUUAUUUCAGUAUCUCUUAAUCCUAACAUGAAGCAGAUUUUCAAGAGCUUGCUCCAUCAACUUGACAAGCACACGUACCAGAACAUUAAUGAGGCAUCUUGGGGUGAAGAACAUCUCAUUAGUGAGAUAAGUACAUUCCUUGAAAACAAGAGGUAUGUAUGGUACUUGAUUGUUAUUGACGACAUAUGGGAUAAAUCUGUCUGGGAAAAUAUCAAAUAUGCUUUGCCUGAAAAUGAAUAUGGAAGUAAAAUAAUCACAACAACUCGCAUUCUUGAUGUUGCCCAGCAAGCUGGUGGUUUAUAUCGUCUGCAACCUCUUUCUGUUGUUCAGUCAAGGAAGUUAUUCUACCAAAGAAUAUAUGGCACUGAGAAUAAAACAACACCCGCUCAAUUGGUUGAAGUAUCUGAGAACAUUCUGAAAAGAUGUGGUGGGGUGCCUUUAGCUGUCCUUACAAUUGCUAGUUUGCUGUCCAGUAAAAUGGAAAGAGCACAUACACAUGAGUAUUGGUCCAAGGUGCAUAAGUCUAUGGGUUCAGGGCUAGAUAAUAGUCACGAUGAUGUGAAGAACAUGAGACAGAUAUUAUCAGUCAGUUACUGUGAUCUACCUCCACACCUAAAGACUUGUUUACUGCAUCUUAGUGUGUAUCCAAAGGAUUAUGAGAUUAAAACAGAAGAACUGAUAUGGAAAUGGGUGGGUGAAGGUUUUGUGAAAAAAGAACAGGGGAAGAGGUUGUAUGAAGUAGGAGAGGCUUACUUAGACCAACUCAUUAAUAAAAGCUUGGUCCAACCUGAAAGAUUUGACAAUGAGAACAAAGUGCACUCUUGUUGUGUUCACGAUAUGGUGCGUGACCUUAUCAUUUCCUUGUCAAAUGAGGAGAAUUUCCUAACUGUAGUUGGUGGUCAGCAGCCAGUGUAUCUACCAAGUAAGAUCUGCCGACUGUCCAUCGAGACAUGCAUUGAAGAAGUUGCUAAUCAGCUGCCAACCACGGGCUUGGCCCAUGUGAGGUCACUUACUAUGUCUAGCCUAGCUUUCAGUUUGUUGCCAGCGCUUUCGUGUUUUCCAGUCCUACGCGUGUUGGAUUUAACUGGAUGCGAUAAAGUGGACAAUAAUCAUUGGAAGGAUCUAUGCAGUUUGUUUCACCUGAGAUAUCUGCGUUUAAAGGGUACAUCUAUCACUAAGAUCCCGAAAGCUAUUAGGAAUCUAAAAUUUAUGCAAGUGCUGGACAUAUGGCCCACAAUAAUAGAAGAAGAGCUGCCGUCAACAUUUGUUCAACUAACACAACUGUUGUUCCUAAGUAUUACAAUGAAAACACUAGGAGAGCAGGAUCUUCAAGUCCUUUGGAGCAUACCAUCUCUCAGCGAACUCUGCAUAAUGGUGAAGGAACCUAAACACAGAAGAGUACUUCAGUUUGGUGAUUUCAUAUUGGGUUUAGAGAACCUCUAUUCGCUUGAGCAUAUUGAUGUUACAGUCUUUGAUGAGCACAAAGAGAUGCAGACUAUGAAGAAUGCAUUCGAGGAAGAGAUAAGAUUGAACCAGAACAUGCCCAAACCGACAUUGAGAACAUUGGAACUUGGCUACGAAGUUGUGAGGGCAAAGUCGGUCAUCAUUGACCCAGGGCUCUACCUGAAGGUGGGCGUGCUCUGGAUACCACAUAGCCAGAGUGUCCCAACAGCCUUCAAGCUCUUCACCUGUAACAUCCUUGAGCCGGUAAUGUCCUGGGCGAGGUAUGCCCUCCUCUCCUUCCAUUUACUGUUAGCUCUUGAUGUUGUGUGUAAGAUGUUGCUUGGCUUAUUUAUCUUCUAUAUGUGA